UCACCGCUAGGAUUGAGAAAUGCGAAAGCAAGCUAUGGUGCGUUGAUGCGGUGAUGUUGGUUGUGGAAGUCGUCUACGUUGUCUUCUUUGCAUUUCGAAUGUCGUGCAUGUUUUCAUGCUCGCUAUUGGUGUAAGCUACGUGCCAUAGUAUGGGUGAGCAGCGCUCAUCCACUUAGAAAAUUCAAAGUAGCUUAAAGGUUUCAAAGACAAGGUUUCGCAACGCUGGGCAGGAUGCCAUCUGCUAGUAGGGGCCUCGAUACAUAUGACCCUCAGACCAAAGUGAGACUCCUGAGUGAUGUAGGUAGUGCGGUUGAUAUUGAUGAAGGCAUACCUUUGAAGCGGUACUUCAGGUCUGGCAAAGAGAUGGUGCGAAUGGCUGAAGUUUACCAUAAAGAAGGGGACCUCGAGAGCACCUAUAUACUUUACACCAAAUAUAUCACACUGUUUGUAGAAAAGAUAUUUAAGCAUCCUGCUAUGAAGGCAUCCCCUGGACCUGAAUGGGACCAAACAAAGAAGAAAUUAAAAGAAGUUUUUCCUAUUGCGGAAAAAUUGAAAGCUGAACUCCUUGAAAAGUACACCCAAGAGUACAAAAUUCUACAAAAAAACAAGGAAAGGCAAGCUGCAGAAGAAGCGCUCCAGGAAGAGCGUAGAAAGAAAGACCAGUUGGAGCGGCUUAUGUAUGAGCAGCAAAAGCUGUUUGCACUGCAGCAGCGACAGCAGCAGGCAAAAAUGGUGCAGCCCGAGAGGCCAGGGACUCCAACGCCUCCUUCUGGUGGUAUAUCGCCUUCUGAUGUUUACCCAAUGCUGCUGGAGCUGGAGAAUGGUGUCCGCAGCACUCCUCGGCCUAAGACGCCACCUUUCCCAACACUGAGCGACUUUGAAGUGCCAGACAUUCCUCCUAGGGCUUCGAAGCCCUCUGCUCCUCCUUUGGCACCUGUGGAUGUCGUAAGAAGGGCAAUUCCAGCUGUGGAUCGGAGCACAAAGCCUUUGCCAUUGCUCAGCCCAGAGCCCUACUAUCUUGGCAUUCAGGGGCUACGAACUGUUGUGGUGCCGGGAGGCCUUUUUUCCAAGUUUCUUCACUUGUCUCGACAAAACACUGAGAAGAAUAUUGAGACAUGUGCUAUUCUGGCAGGAAAGCUUUCAAGGAAUCAGCUGAAUAUCAGCCAUCUCUUGGUACCGAAGCAGUCUGGAAAUGCAGAUUCUUGCUUCACGGAAAGUGAAGAAGAAGUGCUUGAAUACCAAGACCAGCUGGGCCUUGACACGGUCGGAUGGGUGCACACCCACCCGACACAGACUGCUUUCAUGUCCAGCGUAGAUCUUCACACCCACUGCAGUUACCAGCUCAUGUUGCCUGAAGCUGUGGCAAUAGUGUGUUCUCCAAAGUACGACGAGAACAAGAUCUUCAACUUGACUGCUGAUCAUGGUUUGCCAUUUAUCUCUGGAUGCCGUGCUACCGGUUUCCAUCCACAUCCCAAUGAUCCACCCCUUUAUGAGGAAUGUAGACAUGUCAAGGUGGACGAGAAAGUACCAGUUACAGUGGUAGAUCUUCGAGCAUAAAAAGGAACAUUUGGGUGAACUUCAAAGCAUGUAUUUGAUGUAAAAGAACAAGAACACACAAAACUGUACAUUCUUGUAUAUUUUGUGUCCCAGAAAAGUGGGAUUGGUUAGGACACUCGGUGUUUGCUCUCAGUGCUAGUCAUGACUGUAUACUUGUUGUGCCUGGACUGCAUUGUUACUGACUUCAGCAUCAGUUGCAUAUGAGAAGCUUUGUACAGAAGCUAUAGCCUAGGAAUUAACAGAAGUCUUAGGAGCUGCCAGUGAUAUUAACUCCUCUAAAGUGGUGCCGUAUUCUGUACUGAUCAUUUUCAGCGAUGUUACUUCCAGCAUGUGCCAGUUGGUGGUAGGAGCAGCUGUGACAAUUGAAGAUCGCAAGCAUGUACACCUCUCCUCAGCAUUGUUUUUGCAGUCAUAUGCUUCAGUGCAUCAAAAAGGGGCUAAAUAAUUGAGCACACUAGCACAAGCUUAUUACUAAAUUGGCCAACAGUCACCCUAUUUGUGAAUCAUAUAUACCUGAUUUUCCAUUAUACAAGUUGUACCCAGACUGGUAGGCAGGCUUUUGAUGAAAAAGUUUGUUAUGUAGGUUGCUUUUUUGUAUAUGACAUACAUCUCUACUUGGCUGGCACAAUGAGAUGUUACUGCCUAUGCUUGUACAAUGAACCUGAUAAUUCAAAAUUGCUUCAUUCAAAUUGAUGCUUAAAUUGAACAGAAUAUCAGGUCUAGUCGGAGCCGUAUCUAACCCAAUGAAGAAACACCCUUGGUUAUUCAAAACCAUGUGCUUGCGAGAACAUACUUGGCUAUUCGCACCCAAUGCUUUUUGCUGAAAUCUGGUGCUCAAAUGCAAAUCUCAGGUGGUGUCAGCACUACAUUGUGCCAUUGAAUGUCCUGGUGCACAUUAGCAGAUGUUCCUCAUGCCUAUAAUAGUGCCAGCCUAUGCAGUGGUGUUGUGGUAAAUGCUUUAGUGGGUUUUCUGUACCUCGCACAUGUAGCAGGCAACAUCAAGCAGGUGGUGCCAGUUCUGCCUUUCAUGGAUAUGUGGUGCACUGAAACUGGCUCAAAGUAGUGCCUGUGCCUCACAUGGUGCACAGCACAAGCCAUGCACUCCACGUUAGUGCUGACAUUGGACUGCCCUGAACGUGGUAUGCUAUCAAAGCAAUCAGGUUUCCAAUGUGGAUGCCCCAGUAUGUACAGCUUUUGCACCAUUUUAGAAAUUGCUGGCCUACAUUACGGUAUACACUGCACUCUGUAUGCCAUACCACUGUGCAUCAGAUGUUGAAGCAGAGCCUGUAUAUAUGCUUGUGGAGGCUGUUGAAAGAAAUUCGAUAUAAGAGCAGCAUCACUUGUGCACCUUCUUUAAAAAGCUUUCUUUGGCUAUUUUGCCAAUUUUCAUGGUCAGUGGUAGUCGCACUUUCACCAUGGAUACAAGGGGCCUUGUUCUUGCGCAACCGAGUUCCGGGGUAUAACAUAUGUUGCCAAAUGCCAAUAUACCUCUUUGAGAUGCACGCGCUAUCACACUAGAACUUUGGGGCGUCUGAAGGUUUAGAUGCUGUGGUGGAGAGCUUGGGAAGGACAGCCCUCCUCUUCUUCGGCCACCCUCCCCCCCUGCGGUGACUGGGGGAGAGAAGAAUCGCAGUCACCUUCCACACCAAUGCUCACACUCCAGGAGACAACACACAUAGGACGACUGGGCUAGUGUAUAUAUCCACCUAUAUUACUGCUACAGAUGUGCUGCAACCAAUAUUCAUCCCGAAGCGUGCUAUUCUCUUAAAUUGACAAUCAUCGUCGAUUGUUUCUGUAGUCUUUAGUUGUACAUCUGAAAACCAAGAAAACCUAGCAGUGCAUACAUUCUGGUUGAUGUUGCUAACACAUGAGAAAAGUGACUCGUCACUUCAGUGGGAGAGGCUGAGACGUUACUGCUGCCCAAAGCUGGCCAGAGAGCUUUACUCCUCAUGAGAGGCUUCUUGAUCAAAAUUACUUGCAAAAAUACCAAUAUCCAGCUUUUGCCUAGGGUCAGAAGUUUUUUUUGUCGGUAGUGGCUUUGUACGUUGCAACUGUCAAGCUGCUGAAACAAGAGUUUUGUUUCCUUGGGUGCACCAAGCCGUAACAGCCAACAGAUGCUUCGACGAUGACGUCACAAAGUGGCAGACCAACCACAUAUACAAUGAAGGUGCCAGUAAGGUGACGUGUAGCGGAGUGGUAUAUUUUUUGAUAAAUUUUAUCUUUCUUGGCAGAUCUGACCAUUUAUAGUUCAGUAUAAGGGUUCUAGAGUAUAGAAACUAAAAAAAAUGUACCUUAAACCCAAGUUCUUAAGAAUCUACUCCAGCUUUUCUUUAAUUGACAGCACAACACUAAUCCACUUUUAAACUACAGUACACUACCUUUAAUUGAAGCUCAACGGGGACAAUGAAAUCUGUUUCAUUUAUUGGUAGUUUCAUUUAAAGGUCGUGACCUCUGAAGAAGCUGUGCAACUGCUUCGCUAAUUAGGCAUUCGUCCUAUUUAGGCUGCACACAUGCUCCAAGCAGCUUUCUUCUGGAAGUACUGCUGGAGUACUUCUACUGCCUGGCUUGCCUCUUUAGUCAACAGUGGGAAGCUCUGGUUGUUGUCACAGUCGAUCUCCUCGUCACACUCAUUACCGGUGGCUUCUUCAACUUCCGUCACUAUGUCAGCUGAAGUGUCCUCACGGCAGGUGACAAUGUCAUCGUCAAUAGCUUUACAAUCAUCCAUUGUCACAGGGCCAGUGCCACACCUCUGAGCCACCAGCCCAAAAACAGCUUGUGCUUCAGCACCAUUGGCGACAGAUUCCUGUUGGUUUGUGGCCAUUUCCUUAGAGAAGCCCGCAUGACAGAAGCAUCUUUGAAUUGUAGUAGCUACAACUUAUGGGAACUCCGGCAUCAGAGCCAGCGGUCGAAGAAGUGUAGGACAGAGUGACUUGUGAGCAUGAGCGGUUGUUCGAGGUUUGGCUGGGCGCUCUUGGGCGUGGCCGGCCAGGACUGGGGCCUGCUGGCGUGGACUGAGGGACCGCACUGUUCCCACAUUGGUGCCUGUAACGUGAGGCCCCGGCUACGUUCCGGGAGGGGCCGUGAUUGUGGGGAAGGCGGGUGGCGCCUGUUCCACGGUCAUUAGCAACUCCUGUCUGGCCUGGUGUGUGACCGUCUCCGCGGUGCGAGCUGAAGGUCUGGCUUUCACUGAGGAGCGUUUUCGCCAGCUCCUCCUCUGUCACAGUCAUCGGGUCUGGCAUGGGACACGGGGGCGGAGCGGUCUCCUAUGCACUGCUGAAGCUCCCAUUGCCACCAUUGGAGAAGGGACCUGCCGGCACGGUUACUGCAUCAACGUGACAAGUUGUUGAAGCACGGAGCCCAUGCGGGGCUCCAAACCCAGUGGCGCAGCCACGUCCAACGACUCGGAGACGUUGGAGAGUGAUGACGACUGGACUGUUAACAGUAAGGGAGCUGCCAAGGCACGCGAAGGCAAGCUGUCAAAAAAAACGGCUCGGACGUACCACUCGUUGGGUAGUGAAGCCUAGAACAAGAGCGGCGCGUCGUCCUCGUCUGAGCCCGACGAGGGCAAAGUCUCGAACUCUGGUGGCAGUUCCUCGGCACUGGCCAGUGACAGCGGCAGCGAAGACAACAAUGACGACGAUUCUGAAGAAGAGUUCAACGGCGGCUACGCCGAGAACCUCAAGGGCCCUUGAGGUCAAUUGCCAACGAUAGUGUAAGCGGCACUGUUCGAGUGACAAUCAUCUUAAUCUGCGAUCUUUCCCUCCUGGUAACUGCAUGGUGUGGGGCCGUGUGGUCUCUGCGCAGUGGAACAGCAACGAGCGGGCGGUUGCUAGUUCUGGUGACCUGCUGCGGGCACUCAUCAGAAUGAGGUUGAGGAGGAAGACCGGACCAGGUGUGCCUCCAGGAAUGGUUUAGUGCCUUCUGGUUCCUGCAAGACCUCGACAACUCGGAGGCUCCACCCCCUGGUCUGCCGCAUCUUUGCGAAGCAUCUGUCCGUCCUGGAGGCAAGCCAGGUUUAGGGCCUUUGGGUUCCUGGAAGACUUUGGUGACUCGGAUAUUGCCUGCUCCGCUGAUCCUCAUUCAUUGCAGCAGUCUGCAAGGUUUGCCCACCGCCGGGGGUGCGGUGCCGUCGCUGCAAGCCACCGUGGGCCAGUGCCAUCAUCGCCUUCGCAGAGAUAGGGGCAGUAUGGGAACUCCAGUAUCGGAGCCAGCAGUAAAAAAAGUGGAGGACAAAAGUGACUCGUAAGCGCAAGCAGUGGUUCAAGGCUCGGCUGGGCGCUCUUGGGUGCGACCGGCCAAGACUGGGGCCUGCUGGCGUAGACUGAGGGACCGCGCUGUUCUCACAAACUUCAGCGACGAGUGGGCCAAGAUGUAAAUGGCAGAGAGGAGGUCUGUAGUGUACUGUUCAUCCCUUUCCAUACACAGCAGCAUCCUUCUCAGUACGUGGCGACAUAAGAACACCUUUAAAUUUGGAAUGACAGCCUAAUCCAUUGGGUGGAGUAUGGCUGUUGUGUUCACAGGGAAGAACUCCAACUGAAUAGAAUUCAGGUCUCACACUUCACCAUGUGCUGAGCAAUUGUCCACAAUAAACAAAAGCUUCCUGCCUUUUGUAGUGAACUUAACGUCCCUCUGUCUCAGCUUGGUGUCAGAAAUGGCCUGCUUGGUAUUUGCUUCAUACAAUACCGGCAGUGCUUUGACACCUUUAAAAGCUUGCGGUCUCUGCUUUCCCGAUGACAAGAAGCUUCAACUUUUCAGACCCGUCCAUGUUGGCCCCAACCAGAACACUUGACGCGGUCCUUGUUGUGCUUUCCUCCUGUGCACAUCUCACCUUUAAAUCUUAGAGACUUGUUGGGAAGAAGCUUAUAAAAAAGCGACAUUUUGUCCCCGUUGAAGAUGUCGCAGUGCUCAUAAUUCGUGAGCAAGUCUUCGAGCCCCUGCUGCUGGGAGUUAGUGCAAACAUUUCUAUCUACUGUGGCACUUUCACCUACUAUGGUGUAGAAAAUAAGGCUGUGGCGCUUCCUGAAAUGGCUUAACCAGACGUCUCUGAAUAUGAAGUCUUCAGUUCCCAUCUGGAGUGCGAUGUCUCACCUUCUCCUCCAAAAUGACCUUGUCACUGGAAGGCCGGAGCUUUGGGCACGCUUGAACCACAGAGCAAGUGCCUUCUCGAGGUCCUAGUGGUCAACUAGACUUUUCCUAUUGGAGUGAAAGUGCUGCUGUUGUAUGCCAUCUCAAUCUUGUCACGAUCCUUCAGAAAAGACAACACAUUAUGGGGUGCUCUUUAGCAGUUCCUUCCAUAUUGCAUGCAUGUAGAGCCAUGCACGUAAAAAGCAACUAACAAAGCAUAAAAUGGCAUCCACACAAGAAAGUGAGCAACCACAUACUGGAUUGGAUUGGAUUCUGGAUAUCAACAUCAGCAAAGCCUGUGCCAAUGUCAGUACGACGUAUGCUCAGUUUCGGUUUCAUUUAAAGGACACUAAAGGGCACUAAAGGACACUACAAGUUAAAGUGACAAUGCUCUAGAACGUCUAAGGCAUCAAUAUAAUCGCGAACAGAGCUUUAGUAACUGAAAAAUUGGGGUAAAUGCAUGACACGAUUUGAGACCCCCCCUCCCAGCAACAUUCCGGUACUAGCCUGAUGACGAAGGCACUCCUCAUCAUAAAUUGUCACUAUGUCACUAGUACUCAACUACUCGUAUUAAAAUUCAUUUCAUUAGGUUAUAAGACAAAAUAAAACGCUACUUGUCUACUUCUCUUCAUUUCUAAGAAAAAAUAACAUUUUGACGUUACCCUUGAGUAGUAUGGGUGGUCGAAAGGUUUCGUUUUACGCUCGACUCUGCGCGCUCGACUCUGCGCCGCGCGCGCUUUGGAGUUUCAGUUGUUUCGUUAUCGCAUUGUGCUGCACUGGUUCUGCUGGCUCGUGAAACUUGCAUUUGGAACAAGCAGCAAGAAUUCCACGUCCAUGUGAUGUCGUGGGAUGCGCGGUCCACAGAACUUGGCCAAGGGCAGUUGCAGCGGCGAAUCCAACAUUAUUUAUCACUGUGUGCCAACGAGUGAAGCUCUCCGUUCGAAGUGGUUAAGUCCCAUACCUCUGCCACAACUCGUUUGCAAAGAGCCGAAAAAUUGUAUAGUGUGCUCGCUGCACUUUCGUCCAGAAGAUUACGAGUUCAACACUGACUUACUGAAGUUGUGUGGAGUGCCUUUCAAAGCAAUACUUUCCCGUAGCGCUGUUCCGUCGGUCUUGCCUGCAUUCGCCGAAGCACAAGAACAACUGCAGGUCGAAGACGGGGCGGUGAAUGUGGCAUUUGGUUUUCACGAAGGAAAAGCUACAAAUGUGCGAAUAUGUACAGCCAUGACAUACAGUUGCCGUCGUAGUAGUAUGCAACGAUGCCGGCAGCGCGAGCCCUUAGCAGCAGGUCAUGUUCAUCAGUGCUUAAAUCGCUGAAUUCGAGCCCAGCAUAGCGAGCCAAUGUGUCGUUGUCAGGGUCGUCCAUUGCAACAAGCAUCGAAGUUGGCGUCAUAAAAUAAAGAACUAGCUUACCGUCGCGUGCUCUCCCUUCUGCUAGCCACCAUAGUCCCGCUUUCGCGCUGCUGUCAGCUCUGUUUCAGGCCGCGCGUUUGCGUUUUGCGCAGAAAAGCCAUAGCGCCGUCUGCGGGCGCCAUUUCACUCGCCGACGGCACAACGUCCCUAUGAGACCCUGACGUCACCACUCCUCGAUCGGAGUGCGGGCGAUUUGAACUGUGCUAGAGGUACGCGGACACUUCAGAACGCAUUUUCCCUUAAAGUAAGUAAAGUCUUCUUCACAUGAAACAAGCGUUUCGAGGUUUCUGGGAUGGUAUUUCAACAGUCCACGUUGACUUAAUAUUAACCUUUAGUGUCCCUUUAACCAUGUUGCUUGCAAAAUAGUAUACCAAUUGUCGAGCACGACUCAGCACCGAUUUUUUAGGAAACCAUUUACUUGUUUUGAAAUUGUUUCAUUUAAGAGGCAUUUUUGUUUAUGCGAGUUUCAUUUAGCGCGCAUUCACUGUGCCUUUGUUUUGAAAGGAUAAUGCCUUGCAAAUCCUUUUGCAUGAAAUUUUCUGAACCAUUUCAUAUCAGCAGGCUAACUAAGAGCCAUAAGUUGAUCACUUGUUAUUGCUUCUGUGGCUUCCCCUCUGCUUCUGCGAUUCAUAGCACACUCAAAGCAGCUUUCUUCUGGCAAGGCAUUCUGCUUUCAUUUGGUCUCCCCGUAUGCAUUAUGGCCAAUUUUAGGUGCACAAAUCGCUUGGCAUGCCGGGCGUUUCUAAAAUACCACAUGGCUGCCCUUUAGCUGCUUUCUCGUUUGCUUGCUUUCGUGAGCAGGCACUGAUUGGUUUUGGCCACAAAAGAAAUCUGGCUCAUUCAACUGAUGCAGUGUUGUCUUGCACCUAGCAUGGAAAGUGAACACUAAGUGUUCCAAGGUUUCGGAUAAACACAGAGAAUGGCAUGUGGUCUUUUGAGCCGACUUGUAGAUUUCCUCCCACCUGUGAGAAGCAGUAUCUUGACUCGGGCAUUUACAAGAGCAUUGACUGAUCACUGAACAGGCUCGUUUACUACAUUUCCCUUUCAGUGAUCGUGAUCCUUUUCAAGUUUUUAUUACUUUCUCACCGAUUGUAUGCUCAAAAGUGUACGGUCCCGUUUUCCUGCAAGUAGUAAAAAUUCUGUGCAUGACCAGCAAGGGUUGCUCUUUAUUGUGCCGAUCUGCGAAAUGAGUCUCUCUCGCUUUCAAUUGGACUAGUGUGGGAAUUGUUGAUGCACCAGGGACUGAUCAUGCCUAGAAACCAGUUUUUUAUUCUUUUAGCUCUCUUUGAGUGUACAAAAAGCACUUUAGUGCCUCUGAUAUCUAUGCUACAUGGGUGUGUUUGAUGCUUCCAUAUCUUAGAGGCAUCAAAGAGUUAAUGGCAGGAAUGUGUCAACGUAUUUGUUUAGCAGCCUCUAUAUCAUAUAGGGGUGUACGGGCAGCUGCUUGGUGCCCCAUAGUUGGCAGUAAUACUUCUAGAACUUCUGUCCAUGCCCAAAAGAAACUUGAGCAGGACUUUUAUGACAAAAGAAAAACCUCUAAAGUACCACUCUCAUAUCGCUGAAAGUGAUUGUUUCAGAGUACGGCCUGUGUUGUGGGACUUUUUAGCUUCUAUUUAAGGAAAGCAAACAACACCUGUUCAAAGAUGGUCUGCAUCUCAUGGGAGGUUUUAUGAAGCGAGUAUUUAUUAAAUAUUUCACAUUGUUUGAUUUUUGUGAAACUAUUGUUAAAGUUGUACAAUAACGAGAAGUAAGGCACCACUUGGGCAAUGAGGUUGGCAACUAGCAAUGUUCACAAUAAACUAUCCAUUUUCAAGGCCACCUUUCUCUGCCUUUAUGCCACCUUUGGGACAAGCAGAGUUGUGCUGCACAUGUGUAUUUCAAGGUUGCAUGAAAUAAGAUAUGAACAAGUUCACUUCGGGAAAUAAAUGGUUCAUGAGCACUUUGAGACCAAGAGUGCUGAGAAUAAUUUCUUGACAACAUAUUUUAUUUAUUUGAAAAUACUCGCAGAGCACCGUGUUUAUAUGUGACAGUGUUGUGCUGUGUUUAACUUGUGGUGUGAAGACUGCGUUGGGAGUACAUUGGCAGAAGUGCCAGUAUUCUGUACUAGAUAUUCAGUAAAGAACUGCUAGCAGCCAGAACAUUCUUGUCUUAUAGAUGGUGCAAUUUGGGUUUUCCUUGAGUAGCACAUAAUGCAGCAUUAGUCUUCUGAAUCUGCUUUUCACAGCACCCUUAUUUACUGGCACGACGUAAAUUAACAUAAUUUCUGGCUGAGGUAUAAUCAUUGUGGAGUUGGAUGCAUUUGUGAGGUACCAGAAUGGAGCAAAACUUUUGUUUGUGGAUGUGUAUGUGCUUGAGCGAGUGCGAGUGAGUGACUGAAUUUAUAGAUAUUUUUUUAAUGAAGGGGAGAGCCUGAGGGAAGAGCUGUUUCUUUUAAGAUGAGGCAUCUUAUGGGACAGUUUGAUGUGUAUCUUUAGACGUGUUUGUUCAAAAAGCAUGGGGUUGGCUCUUGAAGUAUAUUUUAAUUAUUUGCAGUAACAUCCCCCAAAAAUGAUUUGUGUGUUCUGCAACUUAGGAACAAGUUAUUGAUAGGAAGACUGCUUGCUGCUUGUUGGCAAACCAGUCUAGCCUGAAUUUUGAUAUGAUGUUGAGCUGCUGAGCACGAGGUGGCAGGAUCGAAUCCCGGACAUGGCGGCUGCAUUUUGAUGUGGGCGAAAUGCGAAAACACCAGUGUACUUAGAUUUAGGUGCACGUUAAAGAACCCCAGAUGGUCGAAAUUUCCGGAGUACUCCCUAUGGCGUGCCUCAUAAUCGGAAAGUGGUUUUGGCACGUAAAACUCCAUAAUUUAAUUUUCAAAAAUAUUUUUUUCAUGUGGAUGUGCUCAUCACAUUUUUCCUCUGAUUUUCUGCCAUGUGUGCUUAAUAAAGGUGAAUGUUUAAGCAGAAAAAGUGAUUUAGAUGCCGAAAUUUGACUGAUAACUGUUCCUGAGGCUCGUGGAAUGUAGGUGCCGUAGGUUUCUAUGAACGUUGAUCUAUACUUGUUUUAUGAAAUGCAAUAAAGCUGGAAGAGGACUAAUUUGAUGCUGUGAAUAGUGGUGCAAAUUGUAUAAAGGAGCCAUAAUAAACAGCACUACCAUGUAACGGGUAAUACCAGGGAGUGCCACACUGACCUUUGAUGAUUUGAGCUUUGUCAAUCACUACACCGUAUGUUACCAUCCUAAGUGUAAUAUAAGCAGUAAAUUUCUUUUGUAAUAUUGGAAGUGGAUGUUUUUCUGCACCUUGCUUUUAAGAAAUUGGUGCAUCUCAAUGUGUUCCCGAAGAAAUGUUGAGACUGCUACUUAGGGGUGAGAAAAAAAGGCAUGAUGUACAGAGAAAAACAGUUCAAUGUGAUCAUUCUUUUGGUGACUCUUAGUGCAGAAUUUGUGUCAAUACAUUUUUGUCGACCAUGGUCAUAAUAAACACAUUUGCUUGGA